GUUCGCAUGGAGCUUGUUUGUGAGGAAGACUCAACUUAUGUGGCAUAUAUCCUAAUCCUGAUGUCAUAAAGCAAUUGUUAACUCAUAGCUCUCCCCCUCAUAUUACUCAUCAGACCUUGGGAAGUAGAGAAAUAAAGGAACCAUCUAGAGACAAGCCAUGGGGGUUCGAUUUUGUACAGAUGGCAAUUCAAUUUUAAUUGUGAUUGAGGAUUCCGAAGACGAAAUUAGGUUGAAGCAGAAGAAGAAGCAGAAGCAGAAGUAGCAGCAGAAAAAAGAGGUAGAAAGAAUAAAAGCAGCCGAGAAGAUCCAGGCCUGGUUGCGUGGAACCCUGGUGCACCAGACAUUGUUACACGCAGCCCUCAAGGCCUGGAUCAUUCAGUGCUGGUGGAGACUGACAAUGGACAGGCUGUGGCAGAAGAAGCGGAGGGCAGCCCUGAUUUCCUACGCACACACAGAGAGGGCAGUGGUCAAGCUCCAGGCUUUGGUCUGUAUGUGGCACAUCCACUGGUGUUACUGCCAGGUGCUCAAUGCCAUCUACAUGAUCCAGUACCACUGGCAAGGCCACAACUACCAGACCUGUGCUCUUCUCCGGGGCCACUGUGUAGUCACAGCCACUCACCUGCAGUUCCACAUUGAAAUCAUCAACCCCUAAGGGAUGGCAAGAAGCGGCACUGUCUCCUGUCCUCAGUAAAGGUCUAACCUGAUCUGGUAUGUCUCAUGGUCUCCCCACCAGCUAAUGGAAAUUUUAGGACUUAAGCCAUGCUGCCUCCUCUUCUCCCUGGGAAAGAACUUUAGUGAGGUUUUUCCCUUGUGCCCAUGAACCCUGUUCUGGACUGACAAUUCCAUAUGCUACUUACUUAGUUGUCCAAACAGAAACCAAGGUCCUAGUCUAAUAUAACAGAGCCAGAAGUCCCAGCUCCCAUCCCCAGCCCCAUUCCUUUCUUCU